AUGGUGAUUGUUGGAGGGCCUGAUCUGUCGCCAGUGCGCGCUGUCGCGGCGUCGGCUGCGGUCGCCAAACCCAAGACUGAGCGCAAAAAGGUGACCAUGGCGAUGAAGACCCCUGUGCCGCCGGCUCCGAAGCCCUCUGCGCCUGUUCCUAGUCCAGUUGCUGCUCUGUCUGCUCCGGUUGCUGCCGCUGUUCCUCUGGCUCCUCCCGUUGAGCCUCCGGUGUCUUUCCCAGCUGUGAUUGUCGCUCUGCCUGUUCCCGUCCCAGACGCACCCGUUGCGCCGCCCACUGCUGUCUCCGCCGUGCCGUCUCCAGUUGUUGCUUCGUCGCCGCAGGUGGCGUCCGCCACCACUAGCAACGAGGCACCGGUUGGGGUGCCCUUGGUGGCGGAUCCGUCUGUGCCUGCCGUUCCACAUACGGUCCCUAGCGGACAGCAGUUGCGCCCCCAGUCGCCGGAUCUCCGCUCGUCUCGCCCUCAUUCUCCCGCACCACGCCAGGAGCGGGAGUUGUCGCGACGCCGACCUCCUGCUCCCGCUGCCUCGGCUCCUGCUCCUGGGUCUCACCUUCGUCUGCCGCCGGUUCCGCCAGUGGCGGGUGUAGAGUUUGUGGCUGCGGGAGGGGGAGUGGCGAGGGUGCAGUACCCUCCUCUCAUCGCUGGUGGUCCUGCAUCUCUUGCUGCCAAAGAGCCGCUUCUGUUAUUGGUGGAGGCGCUUCAGCCUCCGCAGGCCCAUGUUCCCGAGGCGAUGCUAGGCCAGCUCUUCCACUUUGCGGAUAGCCUUCACGCAUUGCUGCUGAUUCAGGUGCUGGCUCACUCGUCGCUCCCUGCGAUUCCCUCCGAAUCGUUCCAUGACGGUCCGCAUGAUGUUUGCUUGGACGCGGCAGACCAGCUCGCGCUGCUGCUGGCACCUGUACUGGUUGCGCCCUUAGAGGGUGGCGUUGUGGCUGCGGGACAGCUUGACGAGGCUGUCCGGAGCUUGAGGCGACACUUGCGCGCAGGUUCUGGAGCCGCCGCGAUUGGCGCAAGCACGCUUGUGGUCCAGGACCUGUGGCGGACAUUGACGGGCGUUCUUCACGCCCUUGGAGCUCACCGCAUGUAG